AUGAUUUCCACCAUUUUGAUUAUAUUAGCAGUGGUAUACUUUCUCAAGAACCUUCUUGUUGAUGUCAAGGUCUCCAAUCCGUUAGAAAACAGCGGAGAGGGAGAUCCCACCAUUGUCAGCGGGAAGUUCACCCCCAAGCUGUUGGUCAAGUAUAACGGGAGUGACGAUCCUAAAAUCUUCAUGGCAGUGAAGGGUAAUGUCUACGAUGUUACCAACGGGGCUGCCUUCUACGGACCAGGAGGACCUUACGAAAACUUUGCCGGUAGAGACGCCUCUCGUGGAUUGGCACUCAAUUCCUUCGAUCCAAGUGUCUUAACUCCUCUUGACCAGCCUCUUGAUACUUUGAACAACCUUAGUGCUACCGAAAAGGAAUCGUUGGAAAGCUGGGAAGAACAUUUUGAAAAUAAAUACCGUCUAGUCGGAACUCUUCAUAACGAAACCGAGCUUGAGGCCACUUCCGAACCCACCAAAGAGAAAUCUAGCUAA